AGGCAAUCUAUUACAGGUUUAAUCCAGACACUGCAUCAGCCCUCCGGCACAGGGGUUGGGACGUUGGCGUGUUAGUCUCUCGCGUCAGCGACGUUGCGAGAUCCCUCAGCGACACGCAGCUGGUGAUGGGAGUGGUUAUCGGGACCGCGACAAUGAUCGGACUUGAAUGCCAGGACUCUGCCGGGCCCAAUGACAAUCCACCACUUUAGCAUUGCGACCGACCUCGCUUGGACAGCAUGGUCAGCACUAUAGCGACCACCUUUCUCUGGAGAAAGGAUGAAGAAAACAAAACGUCUCGCGGCGGGGCUCCCGCUUCUAUCGUGGAUGUUUCUCGUCCUUGCUAUGGCUGGCCUUCUGGCGUACACAUUAUUUUCGGCGCACUACGCGGGCUGGCGACAAUCCCUUGCUUGUCCCGCAAAAUGCACCAAGGGAUAUCGAAAAGGUGCCGGCAGGGCGUGGAAGGCGAAGUGGAUGAUAGUCAACCCUGUGCGUUCUCGGCGUCAACCUGGCCAGUCCGCACGUUUGAAUCCGUCAAGUUCUCCGAGCAGGUGCACUCAGGAAUGGACUGCACGCCUUCGCUUAUCCGGAACGCCAACAGCCAGGUCUUCCACGAAGUCGAUGCCUUUUUCUGGGACCUGUUUGAGUCCGACAACCUUCACACGCUGUUCUUCGCUAGCUGGUAUAUAUGGGGAUGCACCUCGCUGUCUGAGGCCCGCGCGCUCGGCCACAGCCAGAUGGGCGCUGAACACGCCGCAGAAGACAGGGCUGGAUUCGGCCAACUGGUGCCGCGAGUUCUGCUGCUGCUUCCGCUGUUGGCACUUUUCGAUUCGUAUGCGCAGCACUCCGCGGACAACGGGCCGAGGUGUUAGGAGGAGGUGCUUUUGUGAGCCAAUUGCAUCUCGAGCACCAUAAAUUAGGGACGGCCAACGGCGAACAUCAGUUAUCGGAUACCUUGCCUGCUCCUAAUAUGAGCUGAGCAGUUGCCAGUGUUGAAGGACAAUGGUCAGGAAAGAAUAUAACAGGACAGAACAAAUUAAGCCCGGCAAAUCCAUUGCUCUAACCUGAACCGAGACUUUCCUUUC